AUGAAGUCCUGCUCCAGAUCAGUUGCCGCUUUUGCUCUUGCGCUUGUGCUGAUUCUGCUUUCCUGGCCUAAUGGUGCCGAGACAGCCCGUCUCCUACUCAAGAAAGCACAGACAUCGGCUAUGGUUUCCUCCCAGGCUCUGAAAGAUUUGCAGGAAGGCAGGAGAGAUCCCUUCAGGAAGGUGGAAUCCAGCUUUCGGAGGAUACCCCCAAGCAGAUCGAAUCCAAAGCAGAACAAGUCCAAACCUCAGGACAAGCAGUUUCUAACUCCUAAUCAGUUCAAGACUUUUCGCCAUUUGCUGCGUUGACUCAAUGUCAUGUGUUCUUGAGCCAGGUUUAAGCCCCUCCAGAAGAUGGCUGAAGCAACUAUUAAGCAACAAGCAACAAUGCCUCCAUAUCUGUUACAGUUCUUUCUUCAUUGCACGUUAUUUGUUGCUGCAGAAUAGUCUCGUACAGUUUACUGCUGGAGCUACGUACUAGUAUUUUGGAAUCGUUUACAAUUUUGUUUUUUUUGUCAGGAAUGACAAUUUUGAAGUGAACUGUUUUUGCA